AUGGCGGCACAGAGGUACACUGCAUCCGAUGAUAUUCUUCAGUGUUUGCAAGAGCUUUCUGACGAGGAUUUUUUAGAGGACGGCAAUGAUGACGACAUUGACUAUGAACCUGAAUUUAUUGAACAGGAUGACGUCAGCAGUGACUCUGAACAAUCAUUAUUUGAUGAGAAUAAUCUACCCGCUGGUGAUGAUGUAAGUGAUGACGAUUAUUUUUUUUAUGUGGGUAAGGAUGGUGAAACGUUGUGGAUCAGUAACUCUGAUGCAUUGAACACAACCAGACGUAGAACCAGAGCCAAAAAUAUUGUAAAAAUUUUCCCAGGGCCUAAGGGUUCGGCUAAAAAUACACUUACUCCUCUUGAUGCCUUUUCGAAAAUUAUCUCGCCUGAUAUGGUUGACCGUAUUGUGACGUACACAAAUAUUUACAUUAUGAAAACUCUUGCGCUAAACGUUGCAUUACGAGCAGAAAAGGGAGAAGAGCCACGACAGAGGGAUUUAAAAUCUACUUCUAGAAACGAAAUCAUGGCAUUGACAGGUGUUCAUUUUUUACUCCAUCAAAAAAGAUCGCUUCGCUUGGAUGAUGUAACUGAUAGAAAAGAUCGUGAGAAAAUUGACAAACUAGCUGCAGUUCGAGAAUUUCAAUCAGACUUUGUCAAAAAUUGUCAGAAUUCCUAUAGUGUCGGAGAGUUUGUCACGAUAGAUGAAAUGCUCGUCGCAUUUCGUGGAAGGUGUGGGUUCAUCCAUUAUAUGCCACAAAAACCGGCUAAAUAUGGUCUCAAAUAUUACGCACUUUGUGACAGCAAAACAUUUUACACCUAUAGCCUUGAACUUUACUGUGGUAAGCAAUUGGUUGGGCCAUAUGAUAAUAAUUCUAACAAACCUACUGACAUUGUGAAACGGUUAGUUGAACCAAUAAAGAAUUCUAAUCGCAACCUAACUACUGACAACUACUACACAAGCUAUCCGCUGGCUGAAGACCUGUUACAGGUAGGAUUGACACUGUUGGGCACUAUGAAAAGAAAUAAAAGAGAAAUACCUCCCGAAUUCAUAUCGGAAAAAAACCUCCAAGUUGGAUUCAGUUUGUCAGGUUUCCAAAAUGACAUGUCAUUGACAAGCUAUGUGACGAAGAAAAAAAAAUGCGUGAUAAUUUUGUCAACAAUGCAUGACACGGUGGACAUUGACCCAGACACCCAUAAACCUGAGACCAUUAUGGACUACAAUAGCACAAAAGGAGGUGUCGAUUCGGUAGACCAAAUGUGUUCAACAUACUCAACAUCUAGAAAAACUAGGCGUUGGACCAUGACGGUAUUUUUUAGAAUCUUAGACAUUGCGGGUAUAAAUUCCUAUAAGAUAUAUCUAGCAAAUAAUCUCGAAAACAAUAUCAGAAGAAAGGAAUACCUGAAGACUUUGGCUAUAUCGUUGAUGCAAGAACAUUGGAGAGAACGAGCUCAGAUUUGA